AUGAGUGCUACUAUCAAACUCGAAAAGACCGAUAGGAGGGACACACUUGUGGAGAUCGAGAAGAAGUACCAGAAGUACUGGGCUGACAACAAGUUCUUCGAAGUCGAUGCCCCCACUAUCGAGGAAGAUCCAGAGGAUGAUGCCGAUAAGUUGAGAGAAAAGUACCCCAAGUACUUCUCCACCAUGGCUUACCCAUACAUGAACGGUGUCUUGCACGCCGGUCACAGUUUCACUUUGUCCAAGGUGGAGUUUGCCACUGGUUUCGAGAGAAUGGAAGGAAAGAGAGCUCUUUUCCCAUUGGGUUUCCACUGUACCGGUAUGCCAAUUAAGGCCGCUGCUGACAAGAUCAAGAGAGAGGUUGAGCAGUUCGGUGCUGACUUUGCUGGUGCUCCAGCUGAAGACGAAGAGGAGGAGGAACCUACUCCUGUCAAGGAAGCUGCCAAGAGCGAGGACCCCACCAAGUUCAAGGCUAAGAAGUCCAAGGCUGUUGCCAAGCAGGGUAGAGGCAAGUACCAGUUUGAGAUUAUGUUGCAAUUGGGUCUUUCCAAGGAGGAGGUUGCCGCUUUUGCCGACCCUCUGCACUGGCUCCAUUUCUUCCCUGCUCUCGUUGAGAGAGACGUGAACAACUUUGGUGGUAGAGUCGAUUGGAGAAGAUCCUUCGUCACCACGCCUGCUAACGCCUACUACGAUGCUUUCGUCCGCUGGCAAAUCAACCGUUUGAAGGACUGCGGCAAGAUCAAGUUCGGUGAGAGAUACACCAUCUACUCCGAGAAGGACGGUCAGGCUUGUUUGGACCACGACAGAUCCAGCGGUGAGGGAGUCAACCCACAAGAGUACUUCCAGCCAGAAGCCCAGAAGGUGUUUGAGGAGAACAACUUUGAUCUCUCCAAGAACAAGGUCUUCUUGGUCGCUGCCACCUUGAGACCCGAGACCAUGUACGGUCAGAGCUGUUGUUUUGUCUCGCCAAAGAUCAACUACGGUGUGUUCAAGGCCGCUGAGGGUGUGUACUACAUCACCACCGAGAGAGCUUUCAAGAACAUGUCAUUCCAGAAAUUGACCCCAACUAGAGGUGACUACACUGCCGCUUUGCACAUCAACGGUUCUGCUCUUGUCGGAUCCAAGAUCUCUCCACCUUUGUCUCAGCUCAAAAACCUCCGUGUGCUCCCUAUGGAGACCAUCUUGCCUAACAAGGGUACUGGUGUUGUGACCUGUGUUCCCUCUGACUCUCCAGAUGACUACAUCACCGUCAAGGACUUGUCCAACAAGGCUGAAUUCUACAAGAUUGAGAAGGAGUGGGUCAACACCGAGAUUGUGCCAAUCUUGAAGACCGAGAAGUUCGGUGACAAGUCUGCCGAGUUCUUGUGUAAGGAGUUGAAGAUCCAGUCGCCUAAGGAUACCGUGCAGUUGGCCAAGGCUAAGGAGCAGGCCUACAAGGAGGGUUUCUACAGCGGUGUCAUGGUCAUUGGUAAAUACUCUGGCGAGAAGGUCGAGGAUGCUAAGCCUAAGGUUAAGGCUGAUUUGAUCGCUUCCGGCGAGGCUUUCGUUUACAACGAGCCCGAGGGCCAGGUUGUCUCCAGAUCGGGAGAUGAGUGCUGUGUCUCUUUGGAGGACCAGUGGUACAUUGAUUACGGUGAAGAAUCCUGGAAGAACCAGGCUUUGGAGUGUUUGGAGCACAUGGAGACCUUCUCCAAGGAGACCAGACACGGUUUCGAGGGUGUCUUGGACUGGUUGAAGAACUGGGCUCUUACCAGAACUUACGGUUUGGGUACCAAAUGUCCAUGGGAUGACUCUCAGUUGAUUGAGUCCUUGUCUGAUUCCACGAUAUACAUGUCUUACUACACCAUCGCCCGUUUCUUGCACUCAGACUACUACGGCUCCAAGCCUGGUAAGUUCAGCAUCAAGCCCGAGCAGAUGACUGACGAGGUGUUUGAUUACAUCUUCACCAGACGUGAGGACAUCAAGUCGGACAUUCCAAAGCAGCAGUUGGAGGCCUUGAGAAGAGAGUUUGAGUACUUCUACCCAUUGGACGCCAGAGUCAGUGGUAAGGAUUUGAUUCCAAACCACUUGACUUUCUUCAUCUACUGCCACACCGCCCUCUUCCCCAAGAAGUUCUGGCCAAGAGGUGUCAGAGCCAACGGUCACUUGAUGUUGAACAACGCCAAGAUGUCCAAGUCCACUGGUAACUUCUUGACCUUGCUGCAGAUUGUUGAGAAGUUCGGUGCUGACGCCUCCAGAAUUGCUUUGGCUGACGCUGGUGACACUGUUGAGGACGCCAACUUUGACGAGGCCAACGCCAACGCUGCUAUUUUGCGUUUGACCACCUUGAAGGAAUGGUGUGAGGAGAUCAAGGCUACUCAGGACACCUUGAGAACCGGUUCUAAGGACUCUUUCUUCGACAAGGCAUUCGACAAUGAAAUGAACCACUUGGUGGAACAGGCUUACGAGCAGUACCUGGCCACCAACUACAAGGCUGCCCUUAAAUACGGUUUGUUCGACUUCCAGACCUCCAGAGACUACUACAGAGACUCUGUGUCUGGUGCUGGCAUGCACAAGGACCUUGUGUUCAAGUACAUCGAGAACCAGGCCUUGUUGCUUGCCCCAGUGGCCCCCCAUUUUGCCGAGUUCUUGUACAAGGACAUCUUGGGUAAGGACGGUUCUGUCCAGAACGCUAAAUUCCCUAGAGCAUCUGAGCCAGUUUCCCAGGGCUUGUUGGACUCUCUUGAAUACGUGAAGGAGUUGGCCAGAGCUGUUCGUGAGGCUGAAUCCACCGUGUUGAAGUCCAAGAAGGGUAAGGCCGAGGUUGAUGCUUCCAAGCCUGCUAACUUGACCUUGCUCGUUUCCACGUCUUUCCCAGACUGGCAGGAGCAGUACAUUGACUUUGUCAGACAGUUGUUCGAGAGCAACUCGUUGAACGACAACAAGUUGAUCAAGGAGAAGGUUGGAAAGGACAUGAAGCGUGCCAUGCCAUUCAUCCAGUUUUUGAAGCAGAGAUUGGUGAAGGAGGACCCCAAGACGGUGUUCAACCGUGAGUUGACUUUCAACGAGGGCGAGUUGGUGAAGCAGGUUUUGAGCAACAUCCAGAAGUCGACUACGACGCUCAAGAUUGAGAACUUGAAGGUGGUUACUUUCCCUCACGGCGAAAAGAAGGGUACGGAUAUCACCACGGGUGAGGAGGUGGAGAUCACAGCCACAGGCAAGGUUGUGGAUGCUGCUGUUCCUGGCCAACCAGGCAUUUUGAUAAAAAACGUCGAGUAG